UUCGAUUUCCUGCUCUCUUCCACCGUCUUCUCCUCAGCUCCUCUCAAAUCUCUCUCCGCUAACCAGAGAACUCCGGCCAUGGACAACGACGAUCCGCAGCGUCAGCUCCUCCUUCUGAUACGCGACUACUCCGCUGAGAAAACGAAAGGAGAGCGUACGCUUUCCGAUCUGAAAAAACGCCUUCUAGAGCUCCAAGCCGAUUAUGAAGUUGCGAGUGCUAAGCUCGAGCAAACAAAGCGGGUUCGGGAGACUGCCGAGCGGGAGCUGAGGGGAUCGCAGGCUCAGCUCGAUCGGACCAAUGCAUCGCUGCUUGCGAUGGAGGUCCUAGCUAUUUUCUUAUUGCUCUUUUUGUAAUUGUUAUCUUGGUUAUAUGACUUUGUGUCUACUUGUUCUAUGGGAUGAAAAAAAAGACAAGGAAUUCGGGGUUGCAGGAUGAGAUCUUUCAAGUCAGCUCUAAACUGCAGGCA